AAACGUCACCAUGCCCAUGUUAUGGGCAAAGAUUAAUUGAUUAUAAAUUUUAUUUUGUUUAGUUUUCGCGUGAUAACUCCUUUUGUGUUUUUUCUAAUUAAUUACAAUUCUUGACAUACCACUAGAUAAAAUGCCUAAAGUACGUCGAAGUAGAAAAUCGCCCCCAGAAGGAUGGGAGCUGAUUGAACCCACUCUGGAAGAAUUGGAACAGAAAAUGCGAGAAGCUGAAACAGAACCUCAUGAAGGGAAACGCAAGCAAGAAUCUUUGUGGCCAAUAUUCAAGAUUCAUCAUCAGAAGUCCCGAUACAUCUACGAUCUGUUUUACAGACGAAAAGCAAUCAGCAGAGAACUGUACCAGUAUUGCUUAGAUGAGAAAAUUGCUGACGCUAACCUCAUAGCGAAGUGGAAGAAGACUGGUUAUGAAAAUCUGUGUUGUUUAAGGUGCAUUCAGACUAGGGACACAAAUUUUGCUACCAACUGCAUUUGCAGGGUACCAAAAAGUAAACUAGAAGAGGGAAGAAUCGUUGAAUGUGUUCAUUGUGGUUGUAGAGGAUGUUCUGGCUAAAAACAUGUGUGUUAAAUUAAAAACUGUGUUAGCAGAAAAGUACAUGGACAUGUUAUCAUUAUAAGUUAAUUAAAUGUAAUAUAAUAGAAGUAAUCUUCAGUGGUUCAUAUUUUUUUUUACGAUUAAAGG